GUGACUCAAACAGAUCCGAGUACUUCCGCUUCCCUUCGGCUCUCUCCGAUCGGUGUUCCCCGCGGGUCCCCAGUCGGGUGAGUGAGCGAGUGCCCGUCCCGGGGCGUCGAAGGUGGGUUGCCCUGCGCUGACCCUUCCCGCUUUCCUUCUCGCCGCACCAGGUCCCCGCGGAAGCGGCGGUGGCGGCGCCAUGGCGGAGCUGACGGCUCUGGAGAGUCUCAUCGAGAUGGGCUUCCCCAGUGGACGCGCGGAGAAGGCUCUGGCCCUCACAGGGAACCAGGGCAUCGAGGCUGCGAUGGACUGGCUGAUGGAGCACGAAGACGACCCCGACGUGGACGAGCCUCUAGAGACUCCCCUUGGACAUGUACUGGGACGAGAACCCACCUCCUCAUCCUCAGAGCAAGUUGACCCUGAAGGACCUGGUUCUACUGCGGGAGAAAGCAGACCCAUUCUGACUGAAGAGGAAAGACAAGAACAGACUAAGAGGAUGUUGGAGUUGGUGGCCCAGAAGCAGCGAGAACGUGAAGAAAGAGAGGAGCGAGAGGCAUUGGAACGAGAAAAGCAGCGCAGGAGACAAGGACAAGAGCUGACAGCUGCACGACAGAAACUACAGGAAGAUGAGAUGCGAAGAGCUGCUGAGGAGCGGAGGAGGGAAAAGGCUGAAGAGUUAGCUGCCAGACAAAGGGUUCGAGAAAAGAUUGAAAGGGACAAAGCAGAAAGAGCCAAGAAGUAUGGUGGUAGUGUGGCUUCUCAGCCAUCCCCAUCAGGGACAGAGCCAGGUCCUGUUCCCUCCUCUCCCAGCCAGGAGCCACCUGUCAAGCGCGAGUAUGACCAGUGUCGCAUACAGGUGAGGCUGCCAGAUGGGACCUCACUGACACAGACGUUCCGGGCUCGGGAACAGCUGGCAGCUGUGAGGCUAUAUGUGGAGCUCCACCGUGGAGAGGAACCUGGAGGGGGCCAGGAUCCUGUGCAGUUGCUUAGUGGCUUUCCCAGACGGGCCUUCUCAGAAGCUGACAUGGAGCGGCCUCUGCAGGAGCUGGGUAUGGCAUAUGGGAUCAGGAACAGGACUUGGGGGACUGGGGGCAUGCCUAGGAAAAGAAAGGAUACAAAGAGAAUGGACUUUAUGGGGACAGUGUGAGUCCAGGAAUUUGAGGAGCAAAAAGCAAGAACUGUAAUUCAAGUCUUAUUUUCUUCCAUUUUUAGGACUCGUGCCUUCUGCUGUCCUCAUUGUGGCCAAGAAAUGUCCCAGCUGAGGAACCUUCAUCCCUCCAUCCCUCUCUGACUUCAUCUUUGAUAAAGCACUGACAUUUCCUUCCUAAUAAAUAGACCCUCUGAGUUCUAUA